AUGGUUCUCAAGAACACUGCCAGCACCGCGAGGGACCAUCUAGCCUCCGAGCGAACAUAUCUGGCUUAUGUUCGGACAAGUCUAGGGCUUGCUGUUAUGGGUGUCGCUCUCGUCCAACUCUUCGUAAUCACUGAAAUAACCAAUCCGUCGUUCUCCCAACACCCACCCGCCAAUACUUUGAAGCUGCAACGGUUCUCUCGGCCACUCGGAUCCUUGACCAUUGCAUUCUCGUUUCUCGUCCUCGUUCAGGGCGCUUGGAGGUACUUCAAGAUCCAGUUUGCGCUCUUCGACGACAACUUUCCUAUAGCUCGCCUCUCGGUGGCGGUUCAAUGCUUCAUUUUCGGAGCAAUCAUAAUAACUCUGUUUGGUACACUUCUGUCGGGGAAUUAG